GACUAUUCACCCAGGAUGUACGGAAGAACAGCUCUGAACUACGAGAACGUGGUGGAGACAGGCUCAGAGACAGAAGAGGAGGACAAGCUGCCCGUGUCCGAGGAGGACCUUCUGAUCAACGGCACGGGCAGCCCGGGCAGCCUCACCAAUCCGGAGGCAUCGCCACACGCUGAAAGCCACGGCCUGCUGACCAAGGACGAGGACGACGACGAGAUGCGGGACAGCGGUGUUGAACACAUCUGGCAUGACAACGACAUCCUGAGCGCCUCGGUUGAUGGUACCGAUGAAAUCAAAGAUGAUUUUGACGCCCUGGGGCCUGAUACCACUAUGCAGGCAGUUGGAAAUGGUACAGCAGUCAAGAGCGUGGAUUGCACUUCAGAGUUGGAGGACUUCUUUACUAAGCGGAAGCUGGACGAUGGUGACAGCCAUGUGGUGAGCAUUGCAGAGUAUCUGCAGCGUGGCGACACGGCCAUCAUUUACCCAGAAGCCCCUGAGGAGCUGAGCCGCCUGGGAACACCAGAGGCCACAGGACCUGAGGAGAAUGACCUGCCACCUGGAACGCCAGAUGCCUUCGCCCAACUGUUGACCUGCCCCUACUGUGACCGGGGCUACAAGCGUUUGACAUCACUGAAGGAGCACAUCAAGUAUCGCCAUGAGAAGAACGAGGAGAACUUUGCCUGCCCCCUCUGCAACUACACAUUCGCUUACCGCACCCAGCUCGAGCGGCACAUGGCCACGCACAAGCCGGCGAGGGAUCAGCACCAACUUCUCAACCAAGCAGCCGGCAACCGCAAGUUCAAAUGCACCGAGUGUGGCAAGGCCUUCAAGUACAAGCACCACCUGAAGGAGCACCUCCGGAUUCAUAGUGGUGAAAAACCCUAUGAGUGCCCCAACUGCAAGAAACGUUUCUCCCAUUCAGGAUCCUACAGCUCCCACAUAAGCAGCAAGAAAUGCAUUGGUUUGAUUGCCGUCAACGGUCGCAUGCGCAGCAGCCUGAAGCCAGGCUCGUCGCCCACCUCUGCCUCUGCCUCACCCACCAACACUGCUAUCACACAGCUGCGCCAGAAGCUAGAGAAUGGCAAGCCCCUCGGCUACACCGACCACAACAACCACUUAAACAUCAAAACAGAGCCUCUUGAUUUCAACGACUAUAAACUCAUGAUGGCUUCUCAUGGAUUUGGCGCUCCUGUUCCAUUUAUGAAUGGAGGGAUGGGUGGAAACAGCCCACUGGGGAUCAACCACAACUCAACUGCUCAAAGCCCCUUGCAGCACCUGAGCAUGGCAGGGCUAGAAUCACAGUUCACAGGUUACCCAGGUUCACUUGGAAACAACCUGAGCGAGGUACAGAAGGUUCUCCAGAUUGUGGACAACACUGUGUGCAGGCAGAAAAUGGAUUGCAAGCCAGAGGAGCUUUCUAAGCUCAAGGCCUACAUGAAGGAACUGGGAAACCAGAUGGAGGAGCAGAAACAGAGCUUGACAUCUCCAGGGGGGCCUCAGGUUGGUCUUCCACUUGUCAAUCACAAUGGUGCCACCAAAAGCAUCAUUGACUACACAUUAGAAAAAGUGAAUGAAGCCAAAGCCUGUCUCCAGAGCUUGACGACAGACUCAAAGAGACAGAUUAGCAAUAUCAAACGAGAGAAACCCAACCACAUGCUCGAAGGAGGUGUGGAUGAGAAGGUGCAGGAAAACAUGUUUACACCAUUCGCUUGUCAGCAUUGCAAAGAAACCUUUCCCGGGCCAAUACCUUUGCAUCAACAUGAACGCUACCUGUGCAAAAUGAACGAGGAGAUCAAAGCUGUGCUGCAGCCCAGUGAGAAUCUGUUGCCCAACAAGCCAGGGAUAUUCAUGGAGAAGAACUCCCACUCCUCCAUUCUGUCUGAGAAGGGACUCCCUGGCCCCCUAAACCCUUACAGGGACCACAUGUCCGUGCUGAUGGCGUAUUUUGCCAUGAACAUGGAGCCCAACUCAGAGGAGCUGCUCAAGAUUUCCAUAGCAGUUGGCCUUCCUCAGGAAUUUGUCAAGGAAUGGUUUGAGCAGAGAAAGAUGCACGAGUAUAGCACUACUAGAACCCCACCAUUAGAGCACAGGAACAACAUAGAUAUAGCUGUUGGAACAAAUAACCACCAAACUCCACCAAAAGACUCUUUGGCAGCUAGGUCACCUGUCACACUUCUUAAAUCUACUGACCGCAUCACAUCCCCCUCCAUUGCAGAGCUCCAUAAUAAUGUCAACAAUUGUGACAGUUCACUCAGGCAUUUGAAAAACCAUCAAUUCAGUGGCAGCGCCAAGCCUGUAGGUGAAAAGUUGGACCACUCCCGCAGCAACACCCCCUCACCACUAAACCUUUCCUCCACAUCUUCCAAAAACUCCCACAGCAGCUCCUACACUCCAAACAGCUUGACUUCAGAGGACCUGCAGGCUGAGCCACUUGACCUCUCACUGCCGAGACUCAUGAAGGAACCCAAGCAUGCACUGACCAUCAAAAGCAGGCCGAAAGUCAACAGCAUUACCAUUGACCAUAACAGCAUCCCCUCUCCCCGAGAGCACUUCGAAGAGCCUUUGAACUUGGCCUACCUUAAGAAAGAAUUCUCAGGCUCAACUAAUAAUGGGAACCUUGAAAAAAGCACUAGCCCCAUCUUUGGCAUCAACCCAUUUGCUGCCAAACCCUUAUAUACAUCACUUCCACCCCAGACCGCUUUCCCACCUGCCACAUUCAUGCCCCCUAUGCAGGCCAGCAUACCAGGUCUUAGGCCCUAUCCGGGCAUGGAUCAAAUGGGCUUCCUACCGCACAUGGCCUACACUUAUGCAGCAGGGGCAGCUACCUUUGCCGAGAUGCAGCAGAGGAGAAAAUACCAACGGAAACCAGGUUUCCAGGGGGACCUACUUGACGGCACACCAGAUUACUUGUCAGGGCUGGACGACAUGACAGACCCCGACUCCUGUCUGUCGCGGAAGAAGAUUAAGAAGACUGAAAGUGGUAUGUACGCGUGUGACUUGUGCGACAAAACAUUCCAGAAGAGCAGUUCCCUUCUAAGACACAAAUAUGAACACACAGGGAAGAGGCCCCAUCAGUGCCAAAUCUGCAAGAAAGCCUUCAAACACAAACACCAUCUCAUAGAGCACUCCCGACUGCAUUCAGGGGAGAAACCAUACCAGUGUGACAAGUGCGGUAAGAGGUUUUCGCACUCUGGCUCCUACUCGCAGCACAUGAACCACCGCUACUCCUACUGCAAGAGGGAGGCUGAGGAGCGGGAGGCAGCCGAGAGGGAGGCCCGCGAGAAAGGCCACCUAGAGCCCACGGAGCUGCUAAUGAGCAGGGCGUACUUGCAAGGCAUGACUCCUCAGGGCUACCCCGAGCUGGCCGAGCGCGAGGCUAUCCUGAGGCAUGACGCUGUGAACGGAGGGAUCAGAGAGGGAAGGAAGGAGGUGGACGGAACGUACGCUAAGAUCGGACGAAGGGAUGAGUUUGAAGAGGAGGAGGAGGAAGAAAGCAAGAGCAUGGACACGGACCCAGACACGUUGAGAGAUGAGGAGGAGAACGGAGAACACUCGAUGGACGAUAGCUCGCUGGACGGCAAAAUGGAAACCAAAUCAGAUCACGAGGAUGUGAUGGAGGACGGCAUGUAAUCAAUGGACAGGAAUUGGCGUGUGGGACACUUUAAAAAAAGCUUCCCAUCUUAAACAUUUUAAGUUUCUCUCUUUCGGUUCAGUAUUCUCACCUGCUCGGUUUAAAACGCCGUGUUUUAAACUGCACGUGCCUGAAGCUUCAGGGAAGCUUUCUUUGACAGACUCCUCGGAGGGUGAAUAAAUGGGGAGAGGGGGGUGGCAGUGUCUGCCAAACAAGGCUCAAAAAUCAAUCUGGAGGAGGCGUUGAAGGAUAGGAGGCAUGGGUUUGUGAAAUAAGCUUCAUUAUGCAAACCGAAUAAAUGAAUACAUUUUAAAAAAUGUACAGUACUAAGGCCUAAAAUCAUGUGUGGUGCUAACCUCCUGAAAUAAACCCCCCGUGUUCCAUAGUAUUUAUAGCACAACUAGUGACUUGUACAAAUUGCACUCCGCUUCUAUAAUCAUGAACAAAAAUAAUAAAAAGUAUUGCCUAUGUAUAUAUUUAUACAGUGUUGGAAAAGAGCAGUAUUACCUGCACUACAGUCCUUCAGUAUUAUCUUUGUUCUCACUACCUUUGGUGUCGUCUUUUUGUUGCAAACAUCUCCAGCCACACUGUUUUAGGCCUCUGGAAUCAAAUGAAGGAAUUUAAACUGUGUUGUUUUUUUAAGGAUGAAAUUUUAAAUUCAUUUUAAGGGAAAAUACAAUUUAUUGACAGAGUGUUUGGGGGUAAAUAAAACCUAAAAAAAGAACAAAAACUAUGAAGGAUGAAGCCUUUGUAAGGUGUUUUUGAUAAGAAAAGAAGCCUUAUAUGCAAACCUUUUAACCUGUGUGUUUUCUGCAAGUGCCACCCUCGUAUUGUGUAAAAGGAAGGUUUAUUUUUCACCAGCUUCAGUAUUACAAAAUGGUUCACCGUUGUUCUUUAAAGCACCUGUGUCAGUAUUAAAACUUCUAGGCAGCAGUUCCUUAGUUUACAUUAUGUUGUGCAAUGUUUUCUCAGCUCUUUUUGUCAGUAUUACACCAAACCAUUUUCUGAAAAAAAAAGCAAAACUGCAUUCAUUUAUUUGUAGGUUGAAGAAAACCUUAUUUAUGUGGCCCAUUUUAUAUUUCCUAAUUUUAUUUAUUUCAUACUGUUGUGUACAGUACUAUAGUUCUUCAAUAUAUAGAUAUAUUUUAGUAAAAAGGAACAUGGUGUCGAUCAUAGGGGCAAAUUUAAAGAGAGCAUUUAUUGUGUUUUGAAACAUUGUGAAAGUUGAAUCUUAUUUUAUUUCCUUUUACUUUCCAGUUGCUGGAAAAAAACUCCAAAUUUGGGAACUUUUAUACAAUUGUGAAAACACUGUAUUUUCGACUGAAAAAAAGAGAAUUCCACUUUUCUUCAUCAUUGUUUCUUUUUGUAAUCUAAAAAAAUGAAGAGGGACUGUUAAAUACUAUGUAUGAUAUCAUGACUGAAGAAGAAAUCUUUCCUGAAAUGUCUUUGUAAAAGUAUUAUUGAAUUCUUAAUUUGUAAUUUCUCUUGAAAAUGACCCUGCUCGAAUAAAAGUAGCCAAAUUACAGAGUACCAAA